AUGGCCACCUACACCACCAACACAUCCAGCUACAGGAUGAACCACACCAUGUUGAGGGUCAAGGACCCCAGCAAGAGUGUCAAGUAUUAUGAAGACAACUUCGGCAUGAGCUUGAUCAGGAAACUGGACUUUGAGGAAGCAAAGUUCUCGCUGUACUUCCUGGCCUUUGACUCUCCGCAGGCUGUGAGCCACGGGAAGGAAUGGACGGACCGGGAGGGGCUGCUGGAGCUUACCCAUAACUAUGGAACAGAAAAUGAUCCGGAGUACAAGGUGAACAACGGGAACGCGGAACCGCACAGAGAUAUGUCCCCCCUCGUCGCGGAUCGAAUUGCAUUUUCGGUCGACAACAUUGAACACGCCUGUGCGCGCCUCGAGUCAAACGGCGUCAGCUUCCAAAAGAAGCUCGCCGAUGGCCGCCAGAAGAACAUUGCAUUCGCUCUCGACCCCGACGGCUACUGGGUCGAAUUGAUCGCUCAGGAAGGAAGCAACGCAGAAGCAACAACGACCGACCUCCAAUCGUACCGCUUCAACCACACCAUGAUCCGCGUGAAGGACCCCGAGAAGUCGCUGCAGUUCUACCGCUCCGUGCUGGGGAUGAGUCUCCUCCGUACCAUGGAAAGGCCGGAGGCCAAGUUCAACCUUUACUUCCUUGGGUACCGCCAACCAGGGUACCCGGAGGGCCACCACACCGGUGAGGGAAAUCCCUUAGCGUCGAUGGAAGGCUUGGUGGAAUUGACCUGGAACUAUGGCACGGAGAACGAUGAUGAUUUCAAGUACCACAAUGGAAACGAUCAGCCUCAGGGCUUUGGGCAUCUUUGCAUUUCUGUUGAUGAUCUUGAUGCCUCUUGUGCCCGAUUCGAGGACCUCAACGUCAACUGGAAGAAGCGAUUGACCGACGGCCGGAUGAAAUCAGUAGCUUUCAUUCUGGACCCCGACAAUUAUUGGAUCGAAGUUAUUCAAAAUGAAAAGCUCAAGUCCAGGGCCAACUGGUAA